AUGGCUGCAGCUACAUGUGAACUCACUUGGUUAAGAUAUCUAGUGCAUGAUCUGCAUGUUACUCAUGCUGAACCUGCAAAGUUGUUUUGUGAUAAUCAAGCUGCCCUAUAUAUUGCAGCAAAUCCAGUGUAUCACGAACGUACCAAACACAUUGAGCUCGAUUGUCACACCGUUCGUGAAAGAAUAGAAAGAGGUGAGAUCAAGAUGGAUAUGUGCAAACUGGAGAACAGAUAG